GGGUUUAUUUCAGAUUACCUUGUGUACGUGACAUUUCAGUAAUCGAGAGCGUGGUUGCAGUUGAGAGAGUCUCGCAUUUGUUGGACUUUCAUUUCACCCUACGAUUUGUUAUUUUUUAGUGUAUGGUUAAAAAGCCAGGCAAUACUCAUCAGAUAAUAGUAGUGAUCACUCAGUUUGGGUUAGCUGCAUAUGAUAGCAGUUUUUGUUCUCUAGAUUCGCCAACGUUUUUUGUCGCUCAACUGAAGGCAUUAUUGUGCUUUGGACAUUUCCGGUGCUGUAACAAACCCUUCAUAGCUUACUUUCGACUUCAGAUGGAUUCGCCACUUAGACUGAGUGAUAAGUCAAACUAUAUGGCUCCAUUCAAAAUUGUAUUCAUUCGUCAUGGGGAGAGUGUUUAUAAUGAGGAAAAUCGGUUUUGUGGAUGGCAUGAUGCAGACCUUUCAGCUCAAGGUAUAAAUGAAGCCAAGCAAGCCGGUCAACUUCUUCGUCAAAACCAGUUCACUUUCGACAAGGCAUACACUAGCGUUCUGAAAAGAGCUAUUAAAACCUUGAAUUUCGUUCUGGACGAACUUGAUCUGCAUUGGAUACCUGUAACAAAAACAUGGCGUUUAAAUGAGAGAAUGUAUGGCGCUCUUCAAGGAUUAAAUAAAUCAGAAACUGCUGCUAAACAUGGAGAAGAACAAGUCAAGAUAUGGAGACGUGCAUACGACAUACCUCCCCCUCCUGUUGACGUUACCGACUCUCGCUUCCCAGGAAAUGAAGCUAAAUAUGCUUUACUUGAUAUUUCGUGCAUACCGCGUACGGAAUGCUUAAAGGACACAGUACAGCGUGUGCUUCCCGUGUGGUUUGAUACUAUUGCUGCAGACAUCAAGACAUGCAAGCGCAUUCUUAUCGUCGCCCACGGCAACAGUUUACGUGCUCUUAUCAAGUACUUAGACAGUACAUCUGAUUCAGAUAUCGUAGAACUCAAUAUACCUACGGGUAUCCCACUCGUUUACGAGCUAGACAAUAACUUAAAACCAAUCAAACACUACUAUCUCGCUGAUGAGGCAACUGUUGCAGCUGCUAUUGCACGUGUAGCGAAUCAAGGAAAAAAGCAAUAAAGGAUUUGGAUUUCCUUGAAAUUUACUACUUUUGACUGCAGAGACGGUUUCUCUUAGUGAUUCACAUUAACACAUCAUCUUAUGGUUACCUUUGAUCUGCAGCAUUGAGCUAAUACAUAGUUGAGCCCUUCUUUGCUUUUAAUCUGACAGCAUGAAAUCACGUAAAUAUAUUGCCAUGAUUCGUCUUCAUUUAUGUAUUAAAAAAUUAGUAUGUCGCUUUCAUUUUUAGCAAUCUCAAGUAUUUGUUUCACUUAAUAGGCUAUAGGGGAAUCACAUUUGUUGCAGAUAAAUGAAUCCUCAGUGAUAACUGUAUUUUUGAAUAAGGAUGGUGAAUAUUUUACGCCGCUGCUUAUGUGGUUUUAGUUUCUUUCAUCGAUCAACUUCAGAAUAAAAAUGGCAUUCUCAUGACAUGAUUUUAAUAAGUUAUUGAUCAAUGCAAACGACACCCACACGCUUACAGCACUACACAAAAUCCAACCAAACAUAACUUUGCCUUCACCUUCUGAUACUAGCACUAAACCUCUUACGGCUUCCUGAACCUCUCACUUUGGGACCAUUGCCAACUAAACCUUCCUGGUCUCCUAAGACCACGCCGUCGACCUCAUAUUCGGGCUUUCAACGUCCAAACACUAUGCCGAGUUCAACAGCAGGCAUCGCCCAAGAGGACUUCGGGAUAUCAAGCCAUUGGUGUUUGUUGUGCAUCGGAGACACGUAUUUGGACCCAACCAUAUGCCAGUACGAGGUCGUGUAUGUAUGUGGCGGAACGUGUCGGCCACUUCACUUGUGAAGUUACAUCAGCCCAGUCGAGGAGAUUGCAGACGAAAUCUCAUGUGGGAUACAAAGGGCCCGUUUGUUAUUUUUAAGCUUCCGACCCACCUUGUUGUCCUUUUGCAGCGCAUUAGUCAUCCACCGGUUUUUCAUAUGUCUUCUGUAAGUUGCAUGAAGUUUGUCGACAUCCGCUGAAGCAUGCACUGAUACUCUUUUGGUUCUGAUUGCAAGCAGGCCACGGUAUUGUAAGUGAAACCCUGAGAUCUCGUAUCGAUUUUAAGCCACGGUAAUCUGGGAGUAGUUAAUCUAAUUGGUAAGGCUACGCCACAGUAUACCACCCCGAUGAUGUGCUUUUUAGUCUGAUGCAGUGUGAGCGACCUCGGAAUUUGGUUGGGUUCGCGGGUUUCCUAGUUGCCCACUGACUAAUGGAUAUGAUGUCUGAAGCAGAGCUGCCUUAGAGACAAUUCUUGUGUCCAUUUUUUCGUAUGGACAUUAAUUGUUUUUCACAUAGUAAACCACUAUCAUACAAAGCAGCUAACGCAUUUGAUAUGCUUGUGAGAUCUUUGAAAGCCCUUGAGUAACGGUGUAAUUGUUGAUCGUUACACUCCUUAAGAACUUUUCUUGAACAUUUAAUAUGAGGUCCAUUUUCGAGAAAGUCGGAUCGCACUGAACAUGCCAUAUCACGCUGCAAGCUCUCAGAGAAUAAUUCAUGGUUUGACUAAAUGAGUGCACUAUUUAUUUCAUAAUGCGUAGUGGAAGGGUUACUAUCAUCUUCAUUUAUCAAUGUAAUAUGAGCUAUACUGUCAGGUUUCUUACAAUCAAUCUCACCCUCAUUGUAUCCAUCAGAGAAGUAUUUACAGAGUCGUUUUCAAAACCCGAGAACUUAUGGAUGUAGAUCCUACCUAAGUGUCAUCCAGCAUUUGAUUAAAUUUUCAGUAAUGCCGCUUCCAUUCUGCCUCCAUAACGUUACUAAACGGCUUGAAAUCCUUCACUAGAAAAUAUCCUUUUUUACUUAUCGCCACUUUUAUAACCCAAUGUCACUUGUUAGAUUCUGGUAGUGACUUCUUGAUAUGACCAAAGUUAUAUAUUAAUUUAAGUGUAGACGCUUGAACAACAAGAUUCAAAUUCCAUCCCUUGCUGGAAAAGGCUAUGUGGUAACAGAUGUAUUGGAGCAUCAAGAAUAUGUUCAAAAUACGAGGGUUCCCAUGUAUCUACAAUGGCUUUGGGUAUUUUCUAGAUUUGAAUGUCCUAUCGAUUUCGUUCCUUCAAUCAAUCUGAUACUUACACGUUAGUUCAUGUGCUUUCGAAUCUCCGGUGCAACAUGAUUGGUUGUAGGGAGCUUAAGGGAUUUUUACGAGGACUAUCACAGUCUUAUUCCACACUAUAACGGCAAUCUCCAAAACAACCAAUUCGCCGUAAACUAGUCGGAUGAAAUGGGAUUGACUGCGUCUCGUCACUUACUAAUGUGGUAAGCCGGAGUCACCUGGGGGGGGGGAGGUAUUCAUCAACUAGGUAUUUAAAGAAUCAUGACAUGAAAUCUGAGAUCAAUAAAUUCUCCAAAUUGACUAAAUGCUAGUGCCUAAAUAGGAAACCGGAACCUCAGAUAAGUAUCACCGGUCAUCUUACCAUCUUAAAUGCCACUUUACUUAUAACUUAUUUAGUAACGUUGUUGUAUAGCUAGGCUUUGAGAGCUUCCGACCGACCUACUCAUGGUUCUAAAAUACAUGUUGCACGAAAUCAGUUAUUGUCUCA